UGCACGCCAGACACAAGUGAGACGCCAAUGCGGUGUGUCGUUGCGUGCGAUCUGGCGGGCUCGCGCCAAGGGGGCUCGCGCCGCCUUUGAAACGCGCCCCCGGAAGAAACCGCCGGGAGUACAAUGAAGCCACAACAGGGAGUCGCGGCCGUUACGUCAGAAAAGAUACCGAAAACACCCUAGAUGGGUCGGGCUCGAGCGCCUUCUGCUCAGACAGGAAAUGCGGGGUCACAGAGUUCAAAUCCCGGGCACGUGGGCGCGGAAGCCGCACGACACCGUACCCGCCACCGAGACUUCUGUGCCGCGGCUUAGCCCGAACGGAAGCGCUGAGGAGACGCGCCGCCACUUUGCACGGCGUCUCUUCGAGAUGCGCGAGGCGGAGGGCACCGCGUGCUCCUGCGGACGUGGUUUCGCAUCUAGGCAGUACCGCGACGGCAAGGGAGUCGACGUCGACUGGGGAGCGCUUCCUAUCGCAAUCCACACUCAUUGCACCAAGGACGAGCCCAGGGACGAGCCCGGUUGGCUACCCUGCGCUUGGGCAGGGGGAAGGGAGAAGGAUAGGAAUCGCAUCGACUUCGGUGAGACGCUUGCGAAGGAGCAGGAUUUUUCCUGGCCAAAGGGCGGCCGAAGGUGACGCUUAAGUGGGUGCCAGCGAACAAACAGCGCCCACCUCAUGAAACCCAGACCGGCGACGCCGUCGAACGCCAUCGCUCAGCUGAAAAUAAAUAGCGACGCACAAAGAUCCGUCCCCCGCCAAACAACGCCACCGACAAAGCCACGUCGCAGAAGAAGCAAGCUCCCUUCUUCUUCGCACAGCGAUGAAUAUGUCGCAACAGUCAAGAAAGGCAUGAUGAAACAAGGAGCCUAACAGAAGACUCGCUGUCAAGCAAGAUAACUACGUUUGCUUCAAGAAACAAAAUUAUUCGCAAAGUCAACAACAUAGCGCCGCUAAGUUGCCUAGCAGUUGCCACUGCGCACUUACCCUUUUUAAGGGUAUGCUUGGUUUCCUUGCCUCCGGCCAGGUUAACGUGCUCUUUGACUGCGGUAGGUGUUGUCUGGAAUGCAACGGAUACGCCAAGAGCCCAAACCCACAGGCAGCCUGGAGCCGAGUUCGAAGAACAACUGAAGAUAAACAGAACCUACGAAACCACUGUCUAAUUGGUUUUCAAUCUUUCAAUAUUAAUUUAUUUUUCGCUUCUGAGGAAAAAGCAAGCCAACCUGGAAGCCGUCAAGGAAGUGCAAAUUCAGGCUUUUGGUGGGGAAUAAAAAAUCCCAGCAGAACCAA